CCGCGUACCCCCUAUUAUUCAUUUCACGCGGCGCCGUUUAUUCAAUUCAUCCCACCGCUUGCCCCUCCAUCACCGCACCACUAUCGUGACUCAAAAUCUGGCGUCUUAGACACCAAUCCCACUUCUCCACGUUCAAAACAAGUCAAUCAAGUGUAAUAAAUCAUCAUGAAGAUCGACGAACUCGUCGCUGUGUCGACGUCCCUGGGUGGUGAAUUCAAGUCCAUUGAACCGCAUCUUAUCCGCCUUGAGAAGCACCUCAUCCUCCGAACCUAUCUCGGCGGAUACUCGCUAAGUGAACUCGACACCAAGAUCUGGCUCGCACUCAAGAGCAACCGUGCUGCCGUCUCAUUCAUCAAGAAGGGCUCCUACAUCAACCUGACCCGAUGGUUCACCUACAUCGAGCAAGUCCACCCCGAGAUUCAGACCGAAGUCAAGGCCGCAGACGAUGCUCGCAAGGCCAAGAUCGCGGCAGCUAGCAAGGCCGGUGGUAGCUACAAUUUGGCGCUCCAAGAUGCCGACAAGGGGGUCGUAUGCCGAUUCUUGCCUGAGCCCUCUGGUUAUUUGCAUAUCGGCCACGCCAAGGCUGCGUUGCUCAGCGACUUCUUUGGUCACCAAGCAUACAAGGGCCAACUCCGACUUCGACUCGACGAUACGAACCCCAGCAAGGAGAAGGAGGAGUACCAGGAUGCCAUCGUGGAGGACUUGGCCCUCAUGGGCAUUAAGCCCGAUACCCUCACCUACACAUCCGACUACUUCGACCACCUCUACAAUACCUGCUUGGGCUUGAUCAAGAGCGGCAACGCCUAUGCCGACGAUACCGACGUGGACACUAUGCGCGAGGAGCGAGGAAAGGGCAUCGCCUCGAAGCGAAGAGAACGGACCGUCGAGGAGAACCUGGCCAUUUUUGAUCAGAUGAAGAGCGGCACUGAGGAAGGAUUAAAGAACUGCAUUCGCGCCAAGAUUUCCGUCGACAACCCAAACAAGGCCAUGCGCGACCCGGUCAUCUACCGUUGCAACACCAAGGACCCUCACCACCGAACUGGUACGAAGUGGAAGAUCUACCCGACAUACGAUCUUGCAUGCCCCGUAGUCGACAGUCUCGAGGGCGUCACCCACGCAUUGCGUUCAACCGAGUACACAGACCGCAACCCCCAGUUCCAAUGGUUCCUGGACACUCUCAAGCUGCGCCAAGUUCACAUGUGGGAUUUCGCGCGAAUGAACUUCAUCCGCACAUUCUUGUCAAAACGCAAGCUUGCCAAGCUGGUCGACACUGGCCGUGUGUGGGGAUGGGAUGACCCGCGUAUGCCCACGAUUCGUGGUGUACGAAGACGUGGUAUGACGAUCCCGGCACUCCGGGACUUUAUUCUCAAGCAGGGUCCAUCGCGAAACGUCGUAGUCAUGGACUGGACGAGCUUCUGGGCUGCUAACAAGAAGGAGAUCGAUCCUGUAGCGCCCCGCCACACGGCUGUCUCUGUCAAAGAUGCCGUCAAGGUGACCGUCAUUGGCGAAGAGGCACCCGCGGAGGCGUACACGGCCGACAAGCCAAAGCACCCCAAGAACCUGGCCAUUGGGACGAAAAAGGUCGCUUUCAGCCAGGAGCUGAUCCUGGAUCAAGCCGAUGUGAAGAGCUUCAAGGACGGCGAGGAGAUUACGUUGAUGCAGUGGGGCAACGCCUUUGUGCGAGAUCUGCCCGCGGAAUCUGCUGAUCCCAUCCCCUCGGUAACCUGCGAACUGAACCUGAAGGGCGACGUCCGAUCAACCAACAAAAAGGUUACAUGGCUCUCGACCCAGGGCCAGAACCUGGUGAAGGCUGAGCUCUGGGAAUUCGACUACCUGAUCACCAAGGACAAGCUCGAGGAAGAGGACGAACUGGAGAAGUUCCUGAACCCCUCAACCGCUACUAUGGAGGAGGCUUUCUGUGACGAGGGUGUGGGUUCCCUGAAGAAGGAUGACAUUAUCCAAUUGGAAAGACGCGGUUACUACAGGGUGGACCAGGGUAUCGACGAUGAGUGGCAGGGCAAGAAAGGACGGGUCGUUUUAUUCUCUAUUCCAACUGGUAAGGCGAAUAAAUAGGGGAUACCCACUGUUGAUUCCACCAUGAUUCUAUGGAAUCAGAUAGCAUAACUACUGUUGCCUUUAGGUUACCCUGUGGCAUCAUAUCGGGUAGUUUCGGGCUGAUGAUACUUAGACAAGUUAUGAAAAGGGUUGCAGAUGAAAGUACUCGUCCUGCUUCUAAUGAUCGAUAUUGCAACAUGCAUGAUAUCUCUGAAUUAAGAGAGGUAUGAGAAGACGCAGAAACCCAAACAUAGCAGAUUGUAUGGUACGUGAGUCCAAUAGGUGCGCAUUGAGAUACUAUUGGUAUUGUCAUGAUCCCGGGAGUCAAGAGCCCCGGUGGUCUGCAUGCCGUUUGCAAUGUUUCUCAUCAAGACGUGAACUCAAGUAUGACGAUAUUUUCUCAACUCCUGGCCUUACAUCAGUAUGUAGUUUCCGUAUUUUACAACUCUUUCCCUCCAUAGGACUUUCGAAUAUCACGAUAAACCC